ACAAUGCAGUGACGUUUCGCAAUCCGUAUUGGAAAAACUUUUAUAGUGAUUUCGUAUCUACCUUAUUUCUAAAAUGAAUUUUCAAAGGUCUGAACCCGUGGUGAAAUAAUGUAAAUGUGAUAAUUUCUUAAUAUAUUAAGUUGGUGUAUUGUUAAUCUAUAAAAAUGACGACAAAAGAAUUAUACACCAAGGAUGCCAGAGUAUGGGUGGAGCAUCCCGUCAAAGUAUGGGAAGGAGCCACCGUAACAUCAGACUAUCGUUCGGGAGUGCUCAUUGUAAAGAUUGAUCAGACUGGAGAAAUACGACAGAUUAAGAUUAAAGAUGAAAAUCAGAUGCCACCAUUACGCAACCCUUCACUUUUGAUUGGAGAAAAUGACCUCACAUCUCUGUCCUACCUACAUGAACCCGCUGUAUUGCACAAUCUUAAAGUCAGGUUUUGCGACAGAAAUGCAAUUUACACAUACUGCGGGAUCGUGCUCGUCGCGAUUAACCCCUACUAUGACCUGCCUAUUUACGGCGAUGAGACGAUAAUGAUGUACCGAGGCCAGGCUAUGGGAGACCUGGACCCUCAUAUAUUCGCCGUCUCUGAGGAGGCUUACACGAAAUUGGAGAGAGAGAGGCGAGAUCAGAGUAUUAUUGUGAGCGGAGAGUCAGGUGCUGGUAAGACAGUGUCAGCUAAGUACGCCAUGAGGUACUUCGCAGCGGUCGGUGGAAAUGCCAGCGAGACGCAAGUCGAACGGAAAGUGUUAGCCUCUAGUCCUAUUAUGGAGUCAAUCGGCAACGCAAAGACGACUCGCAAUGACAACUCCUCUCGCUUCGGGAAAUUCAUCGAGAUCCACUUCGACGAGUUGUACCGCAUCUCUGGCGCCAGCAUGAGGACUUACCUGCUGGAGAAGUCGCGCGUUGUCUACCAGAGCGCCGGCGAGAGGAACUAUCAUAUAUUCUACCAGCUCUGUGCCGCCAGUGUUAAUAUGCCCGAAUUACAAUUAGACCACCAGGACUCAUUCCAAUACCUGAAUCAGGGAGGCAGCCCUAAUAUCGACGGAGUGGACGAUCUCAGAGCAUUUAACGAGACAAGAAACGCACUUACUACUUUAGGUGUGUCAGAGACGGAGCAGGCGAACAUGUUCACUGUGCUGGCGACUGUGUUACAUCUGGGUAAUGUGCAGCUGUACGACUGCGACCCUGAUGCUGGACCCAACGAGGAUGGUGCUGACGGAGCUCAUAUCAGUUCAAACGACAAACACUUGCACACAGUGUGCUCGUUGUUGGGCAUAUCCAAGGCGGAGUUAGGUCGCUGGCUGACACACAGACGCAUUGCGUCAGCGCACGAGGUGAUCGUGUCGCGUAUGGACGUGCAGCGCGCGGCGUUCGCACGAGACGCGCUCGCAAAGAGAAUGUAUGGAGAACUGUUCGCAUGGCUCGUGCGCGCCGUCAACCGCGCCCUCGAUACCGGACAUGCUAAGAAACAUUUCAUUGGCGUCCUGGAUAUUUAUGGUUUCGAAACGUUCGAGAUAAACUCAUUCGAACAGUUCUGUAUCAACUACGCCAAUGAGAAACUGCAGCAACAGUUCAACUCUCACGUGUUUAAAUUAGAACAGGACGAGUAUAUUAAGGAGGAGAUAUCGUGGAAGAUGAUUGACUUCUACGACAACCAGCCGUGCAUCGACCUGAUCGAGGAGCGGCUGGGUGUGCUGGCGCUGCUGGAUGAAGAGUGCCGCGUGCCGCAGGGCUCCGAUGCGGGCUUCGUCGCCAAACUUCAUCAGAACUGUACCAAAUACCCACACUUCAUGAAGCCCAGGUUUGGCAAUGCCGCAUUUAUAAUAAAGCACUUCGCGGACAACGUGGAGUACCAGUGUGGAGGUUUCCUGGAGAAGAACCGAGACACGGUAUCGGAGGAGCAGCUGGAAUGUAUUAAAUCGGCCACCAGCUGCCGGCUUAUACAUACCAUGUUCAUGGAGGACCGUCCUCUGGACCACACCUCCACUGCCACAUUGCCCCCACCUUCACGACGGAGGACCACGCCCUCACUCAACAUUGGCAGUUUAACACAACCACCUCGUCGCGCGUCAGGUCAGAAGCAGACUGUGGGUGCUCAGUUCCGAGCCUCGCUCUCCGCUCUGAUGUGCACCUUGUCUGCCACCACCCCCCACUAUGUACGCUGCAUCAAACCCAAUGACACCAAGCAGCCAUUCAGCUUCGACCCUGCGAGAGCUGUGCAUCAACUCAGAGCUUGUGGUGUUUUGGAGACAAUCAGGAUAUCAGCAGCCGGAUUUCCUUCAAGAUGGCUCUAUCAAGAUUUCUUCCAUAGAUACCGACUUUUAUGUCUACACAAAGACGUCGACCGCACAAACAUCAAAGCUACUUGCGGCAAAAUACUAAAGAAACAUCUGAAGGAUCCCGACAAAUAUCAAUUCGGAGCUACUAAGAUAUUUUUCAGAGCCGGACAGGUGGCGUACUUAGAGAAGAUCCGUGCAGAAAUCCAGCGGCUGUACUGUGUGCGAGUGCAGAGCUGUGUGCGGCGGUUUGUUGCUCGUCGUCGGUACCUGCGUCUGCUGAGCGCGCUGAGGGGCCUGCAGGCGCAUGCCAGAGGAUUCCUCGCCAGGAGACGUGUACAAGAAGUGCGUCGCAACAGAGCAGCGAUCAAGAUCCAGCGAAAUGUACGCGGUUGGUUGGCGCGACGCAAGUACCAGAGGUUGAGGAACCUCGCCAUUGGGCUGCAGGCACACGCCCGCGGGUACCUCGCCCGCAGGCUGUAUCGCGACAGACGCAGGGUGCUUGCGGUUAUUACAAUACAACGAUAUGCCCGCGGUUACCUCGCCAGAAAGCGGGUAAAGAAAAUGAAGCGACAAAUUGUUAUAGCACAAGCCGCUAUCCGUCGUUUCCUAGCUCGUCGUCAGUACAAGAGGUUGCGUAUUGAAGCUCGCAGCUUAGAUCAUGUGAAGAGCUUGAACAAGGGUCUGGAGAACAAGAUCAUCAGCCUGCAGCAGAGAUUAGGCGACGCCGUGGAGCGGGCUAAGUGUAUAGAACCCUUGCAGGCGCAGAUUGCUGAUCUCAAAGCUAAACUUGAAGCACUAAAAUUAGUGGAGAUCGAAGCUAAAACCCUCAGAGUGGGUAUACAAGAGAGAGACAGCCUGAUAGCCUCAUUAGAGAACGAAUUAGCGUCAGAACGAGACAGUAAUAAGCGAUUAAUCGAGGAGAAGAAUGAAGUUGAGAACAAAUACAACAAACAUAAAGAUAGUUGGCUUCAGGAGAGCAACAAACUUGCUGAAGAACUGAGGACUUCUAAGGAAUGUUAUGAAAUGGCUAUUGAAGAGCAAAAUAAGCAGCACGAGGCUGAGAAGCGCGCAUUGUGCGCCGAGCUGGAGGAGGAGCGUCAGAGCAGACAGAAGUUGCUCUCCUCACAGUACGAGCUGCAAGAAAGACUCGACUCCUUGCAGCGAGCACCGGCAACCAAAGAACACAGAAGAUCACUUUCCGAUGCCAGCAAUGCUUCUCAGCAAGAAACUACCGUCGAAGAUGACUACGGGUACGGUUCGGUACGGUCUGUGGAGACAUCGCGGCCCGCGCUAGAGGCCGUCAACUGGUCCGCUGGACAACACAACGGACCAACACCCCCUAUUGCUGAUGCUGGACUUGUACUACGUAUGCAGAACAGGAUAUCAGCAUUGCAGAGCGAUUUGUCAAGAACUUCCAAACGUGCUAACGAUUUGGAGGAAAGACUUAUGAAUCGCCUAUCCUCGCCGCCCAGCAACCCCAACGUGGACAGGUUCAAGGUGGAGGAGCUGGAGAUAGAGAACAAGAAGCUCCGGGAGCACCUCGACAGGCUGCGGGCCUCCACUGACAGUGUACUCAUAUCUAAAGAAGUUAUUGAUCAAAUGAGUACAAUGCAAAAAGAACUGGACAGAAGACGAGAUGAAUGCAUACAAUUGAAGAGCGUCCUUACAACUCAGACGGUAAAUCUAAAGUCGCUUGCAACAUCUAACUACGGGUCGGAUGUGGACAUCAUCAAUGAAGAUGGGGAAUUGGCUUCUGCAUAUGAAGCUCAGAAGGAUAUUAACAGACAAUUACAAGAAGAGUUGUUGGCGGAGAAGAAAUUUUAUUCCGAGCAUAUAUCAAAGGCGAAAGCAGAAAUUGAGAGAUUACGUGAAGAAACCGACAAGUACUCCAAGUUACUAAGUGAUUUGAAUCAAGAACCCAAGAAUAAGAGUUUGGAGUAUGCCCAAAAUGAGAUCAUACGACUAACAACUGAGUAUCUUGCUUUACAGGAACGUGUUGAUAAACUAUCUGAGAGCUGUCGUCGGUACAAGAAUCAGAUACGUUUGUUGGCCAAUCGACUUAAAGAAGCUGGCAUUGAAGAUAUUAAUGAUAUUUUAGAAGGCAAUGUGACUCUUGUUGACACAUCUGUGGCUCAGCAGUCAAUGUCCAUCAUAGAAAUGGCGCCGGUAACGCGCAAGAAGGAGCGCGAAUAUCUCGGCAUGUUCGAAUACAAGAUACAAGAUGAACCAACCAUUAUCAAGAAACUUAUCAUAGAUUUGAAGCCACGAGUCGCAGUGACUCUAUUACCCGGUCUACCAGCUUACAUCUUGUUUAUGAUGCUGCGUCACAUGGACCACGUGGACGACGAGCCAAAGAUGCACCAGCUCAUGAAGGCAGUCCGCACUGGAGUUAAGAAGACAUUAAAGAAACGUACUGAUAGUGUCGAAUAUAAUGCACUUUGGCUGUCUAAUAUGCUUAGGUUAUUGAACAAUCUGCGUCAGUACAGCGGUGAUGCGAUAUACCAGGGCUCCAACACGCCGCGUCAGAACCAGCAGUGUCUGCGUAUCUUUGACCUCUCUGAGUACCGACAGGUGCUCAGUGAUAUCGCCGUAUGGAUCUACCAAGCACUGGUACAUCUCCUGGAGCGUCAACUGGAACGUCUCAUACUCCCCGCUAUCUUGGAGUAUGAGGAGAUAAACGUGCACUCGCGACCAGCACGAGCUGCUCCCGCUGGCACACCACCCGGCCCAGCGCGACUCAUACACGAGCUGGCCGCAGUACGAGAUCAUCUGCGCACAUUUAAUGUCGAUACUACACUCACACUUACUAUAUUCAAACAGUUAUUCUAUUAUAUCUGCGCGUACAGCUUGAAUCAGCUGUUAUUGCGCAAAGACCUGUGCUGCUGGGCCAAGGGCUUACAGAUCCGGUACAACAUCUCACAUCUUGAGAUCUGGAUUAAGGAACAUCUCGCUGAAUAUGGACAAAAAAGCGUGGAGGAGAUCCUGGGUGUGCUGAAGCCGAUAACGCAGGCGGUGCAGCUGCUGCAGGCGCGCAAGUCCAUGAGCGACGUCGACAGCACAGUGGAGAUGUGCGCAGAUCUCACCGCCAUGCAAGUCUGCAAGAUCUUAAACAUGUAUACUCCGGCGGAGGAGUACGAGGUGAAGGUGACGCGGGAGUUCAUCCACGAGAUACAGAAGAAGAUGCAGGAACGCGCUGGACCAAAGACCACCAAGGAACCGCAAAACCUACUAAUGGAUACGAAGAUGAUAUACUCAGUUCAGUUCCCGUUCAAUCCAUCUCCAAUCAGACUGGAAGAUAUCGAGGUGCCUGAAGUGUUGGAGCUGGACGGUCUGCUCACUAAGAUAUAAGCUAGAACUCUUACAUCGCUCAUACUACAUGUAGACCUACCAAUGUUGCCAUUUAAAAUAACUA